UUAUAUAAACACUGAUUCUGAUUCUGUUGUUGUUGUUGAUGAUGGCACUUUUAAUCAAGAAACAAAUAAUAUUCCAUCAAAAAUUUCCAAAAGGGCCGUUAUAAAUGCAAAAAGAAAAAAAAUUCAAACAAUGGCAACUAAAGAAGUUUUAACAAAUAUAUAUUCACAAUAUUUAGUACCAUUUGCAAUUAAUGUAAAUGUGACAAUUAAUAGAAAAUAUCCAACUGUUGCACCAUAUUUCGAAGGAGCAUCAGUUAAUAAUGUAUUAGUAAUGAGUGGCUGUUUUAUAUUAAGUACUUUGGCUUUUGCUUAUUUGGUGAAAAAUAUUUUGUAUAUAAAACCACGUAAAAAUGAACCACCAAUAGUACCAUAUUGGAUUCCAUAUAUUGGGUCAACUAUGACAAUGGGAAUAGAUCCAAUUAAAUUUUAUCGAAAAAAUCAAGAAAAGUAUGGAGAUUAUUUCACAUUUAUUUUAUUGGGUAGAAGAAUGGUGACAUGUCUUGGAACAAGUGGUAACAAUUUUUUGUUUAAUGCAAAAGUAGCAGACGCAUCAGCUGAAGAAGCAUAUAAAGGAUUAACAGUACCAAUAUUUGGUAAAGAUAUUCAUAAAGCAACAGCUGAACUAAUCAUUAUGACAGCUUCUAAAUGUUUAUUAGGAGAAGAAGUUCGAUCAAAACUUGAUGAAACAUUUGCACAAAUAUUCCAUGAUCUUGAUGGUGGCUUUAGACCAAUAAAUUUUCUUUUUGAGAAUUUACCAACAAAAGCCAACAAAUUACGUGAUCAAGCACACAUUAAAAUGCGUAAUUUCUUUUUGGAUAUAAUGAAAUCACGUCGUGAAAGAGGUGUCACUGAUGGUACAGACAUUAUGCAAUAUUUGACAAAAGAUUGUGUUUAUAAAGAUGGCAAAAAAUUAUCAGAUGAAGAAGCAGCACAUAUUAUGAUUGCAAUGUUAAUGGCAGGUCAACAUACAAGCUCUACAACAAGUGCAUGGGCUUUUCUUUACCUUGCCCAGAGUCCAGAAUUAUUUGAGAAAUUAAGACAAGAACAAAUCAGAGUGUUGGGAUCACUUAAUGCUCCAUUAACUUUUGAGGCAUUGAAGGAGAUGACACUGCAUGACAAUGUUGUUAGGGAGACAUUGCGUUUACGACCACCUAUUCUUACAAUUAUUCGUAAAGUUAUUAGAGAUAUGAAAAUUCCAGGUACAAAUUAUGUCAUACCAAAAGAUUACUACAUCCAGGCUAUUCCAGUGGUUUCAGCAUGUUCAGAUGAAUUUUUUGAAAAUGCACAGACAUUCAAUCCUGGUAGAUGGGAGGAGUUUGAUAAGAGCAACUUAGUUAAGGAAAGGAAUGAUGAUCUUGUGGAUUAUGGAUUUGGUGUUUUGCAUUCUGCUAGUGCCAAAUCACCAUUUAUUCCAUUUGGUGCAGGACGUCAUAGAUGCAUUGGAGAAACAUUUGCAUAUUUACAAAUUAAAACAAUUAUAGCAAUAUUUGUUAGAACAUUUGAUUUAUGUUUGAUAAAUAAAAAAUUUCCAGACAUUGAUUAUACUACCAUGAUAGCUCAACCCAAAAAUCCAAUUAUAGAAUAUACUAGAAUAUUAGAAUAA